AUGCAGUCACUUCUUUUCAUUCUCACUGCUGUUGCAGCCCUUGUCGCUCCUGGCCUUUCAUGGAGCUUCCCUGGCACUUUCCCUAUAGUGAGGAGGGAAUCGAUAGAGCCUGGCAGUCCCUUGUAUGAAUGCCACGCCAAUUGCGGCGGCGUCAUCCUCAUCUCCCAAGACAGCGACGAUUACUGCUCCAAUUCGACGUACAAGUCUGAGCUCAGUGCCUGUCUGAAAUGUGCUCUGACAUACAACAUCUGGCAAUACUACGGCGACGACGUGAAGUCUGCAGCCGAGGCUUGCGGGGACAGCGCCACUCCUAGUGCCUCUUCUGCUACUGGCGCUGCAGCAACGGCUACAUCUGCUUCUAACCGGUCUGCUACAAACACUGGGAAUAUGGCGACCAUCACUUCCACGGCUACACGUAGUAGCUCUGCUUCGUCCGCAACGUCUACUUCCGGCGCAAAUACUUCGCUCGGUCUCAACGCAUUGGUGCUAGUGUUGGCUGCUGCGGCCGGGGUAGGGGCUUUGAUGUAG